AUGGAUACCACCGACGCAACAUGGCUACCUGCCGUUGUUUGUGCAUUUCUUGUCACUAAAAAUGCUCUUACUGUGGUCGGGAAUACAUUACGAAUUUAUGAAGAUCAAGUGGUUGUGGAAAUUCCUUUCACCAAGCACGAUUUGGUCGACAAGCUGCAGAUGGCCUUUGAUAAAGAAUCAUGUAAAAAUGACUAUGAAGUUCAAUAA